UUCGAACUAGCAGCGGAGAUGCUGCAUGCGAGUGACGUCAUCAUGUAUCUUCAGUGAGAGUCAAUUUUGUCUGAUUCGCGUUGUUCUUUAACACACCCGUUGAAAACCGGUCGAGGAAAAUUUCAUUCGUUUUGGAUUCUCUUGAAAACUUUCGCCAUGAGAGAAUGUAUAUCCAUCCACGUGGGCCAGGCCGGGGUCCAGAUGGGCAAUGCAUGCUGGGAGCUCUAUUGCUUGGAACACGGUAUCCAUCCCAAUGGUCACCUGAUCUGUGACAAACCAAUCGCCGUCAACAACGGGGACGAGUCCUACAACACGUUUUUCAACGAGACCAGCGCGGGAAAACACGUGCCACGUGCCAUUUACGUGGACCUCGAACCCAGUGUAGUGGACGAGGUCCGCUGCAGCAACUACAAACAACUUUUUCACCCUGAACAACUGAUCAGUGGGAAAGAGGAUGCAGCCAAUAACUAUGCGAGGGGACACUACACUGUAGGCAAAGAGAUCGUUGACCUUGUGUUAGACAAAAUUCGGAAACUUGCUGACCAGUGUACCGGUCUACAGGGUUUCCUCGUCUUUCACAGUUUUGGGGGUGGAACCGGUAGUGGGUUUUCUUCCCUGUUAAUGGAAAGAUUGUCAGUAGAUUAUGGGAAGAAAUCUAAACUGGAAUUUGCCGUAUACCCAGCCCCUCAGAUAUCAACAGCCGUGGUAGAACCGUACAAUUCCAUACUCACGACACACACAACUCUUGAACACUCCGACUGUGCUUUCAUGGUCGAUAACGAGGCAAUAUACGAUAUUUGUAGGAGAAAUCUUGAUAUAGAAAGACCCUCCUACAAAAAUCUGAAUCGUUUGAUUGGUCAAAUCGUCUCCUCCAUCACAGCCUCGCUUCGAUUUGACGGCGCGCUGAAUGUAGACUUGACCGAAUUUCAAACUAACUUGGUGCCCUAUCCCAGGAUCCAUUUCCCUCUCGUUACGUAUGCUCCAAUCAUUUCAGCGGAGAAGGCAUACCAUGAGCAGAUGUCGGUGCAGGAGAUCACCAACGCCUGUUUCGAACCCAGUAACCAGAUGGUCAAGUGUGAUCCCCGGAACGGGAAGUACAUGGCCUGUUGUAUGUUGUACCGCGGUGACGUGGUCCCUAAAGAUGUGAACGCAGCCAUAGCGACCAUUAAAACAAAGCGCUCUAUAGAAUUCGUGGACUGGUGCCCUACUGGGUUCAAAGUGGGCAUCAAUUAUCAACCCCCAACCAUAGUGCCGGGAGAUGACCUUGCCCAAGUCAAGAGAGCUGUGUGUAUGCUGAGUAACACCACUGCCAUUGCCGAGGCUUGGUCAAGACUUGACCAUAAGUUCGACCUUAUGUAUUCCAAACGUGCAUUUGUACACUGGUACGUAGGUGAAGGUAUGGAGGAGGGGGAAUUCUCGGAGGCUCGGGAGGACCUCGCCGCCCUGGAGAGAGACUAUGAAGAAGUGGGCGUGGACUCUGUGGAAAAUGGCGCGGAGGAGGACGAGACAGAGGAAUAUUAAACCGCAGAGAGGACCAAGAUUUUCUCGCGUAUUUUACGUGUUGUAAUAUAAUCUGUUUGACUAGAACAAAGGGAGAUUACCAACAUAAAAUGUCAUGUAAUGGGGAACAAACUGUUUCAUCGAAAAUAACUUAACUUUCCCUCCUAUAGCUCAAUGUGCAUUGCAUUCCUCAUGUCUACAACUCGUGUGACAUAGGUACUUAUAUCAAAGACAUCGAACAAAUGUACUAGUACAUACUAUGCAAUAUAUUAUGCGUUCAUUUUCAUCUUAAGAUGAUUUCCGAUGGAUGAAGCCUUUCGUAUUUGUUCUGUGUUGCUGCUGGAUGCUUAAUAUGUUUAUUUCGAUUUAAAAA